UGCAGAGAUGAGAUGGAUCCCAAAAUCGCCCCCUACUCGCAAAACUCCGAUCUAAAAUCCGCAAAUAAAUUUAAAGACGAAGAGCAAUUUGAAGAAGAAGAAGAAGAGGGAGUUGGGGAAUUAGUCGAAGAAGUAGAUGAGAAGGAGAGGGGGUGGAGCAGGUUGAAGAAGGCGGCGGUGGCGGGAGCGGCCGUGGCGGCGGCGCCAGCGGUGGUGCCGCCGGCGCUGGCGCUCUCGGCCGUCGGCAUCGCCCUCUCCCUCCCCUUCGCCGCCUGCCUCGCCGCCCUCGCCUGCACCCACCGCCUCAUCCGCGCCCUCCUCCCCUCUUCUUCUCCUUAUCUUUACCAAAGCGGUCGAUCGAUCGAACACCCUCGGUUCGGCUUCGAUCCGUACACGUCGGAUGAAGAUGACGAGUUACUGUACAGUGAGGAAGUGAUAUGGGACCAAAUUGAGGCUUUGCGAACUAUACUGGGAUACAGUGAUACUUUACACUCAUCAUGUGCCGCGGAACUCCGAGCGCUUCUCGUCUUCACCGGAGUAGAGCCGCCUAUCUCUUUGAGCGACCCGUUCGAUCUAAUCGGAGCAAGCGAUAAUCUUCGGUUCUUGAAGUUUCUUGUCGGAGUUAAAUGAUCGACGUAGAUGAAGAGAUGAAUUGCAUUGCAAUUCACAGAAAAAAAAAAAAAAAA